GCGUGGCGGGCCGGCGCGCGUGUUGGGGGCGUACGCCUGCGCGUCGGGUCAUUUUUGCGCGGGGGCGGCCUCACGCGGGUCCCCCAAGUUGACAGGUGCUGCACAGAUGUGAUUAAAAUUCCAUGCUCUAUAGCCAGAAGCUGUAACUUCUGAAAUGUUGCACAUCAGACUGCUACUUCAUGAAGAUCAAAUCUGCAGCCACAAGUUUAAUUGUCAGUACGUGAAAAAUAACCUGAUUGCUUUGUCCUGGGAAAUAGCAACCCCGCCAGAUACACCUGCUUGCCGGGGACAGAGGAUGUGAUGGAGCUGCUUGAAGAAGACCUCACGUGUCCAAUUUGCUGCAGUCUGUUUGAUGAUCCUCGAGUUUUGCCUUGCUCACACAACUUCUGCAAAAAAUGCUUAGAAGGUCUCCUAGAAGGGAAUGUGCGGAAUUCUUUGUGGAGACCAUCUCCAUUCAAGUGUCCUACAUGCCGUAAAGAAACUUCAGCUACUGGAGUUAACAGCCUGCAGGUUAAUUACUCCCUGAAGGGUAUUGUGGAAAAGUACAACAAAAUCAAGAUCUCUCCCAAAAUGCCAGUGUGCAAAGGACACUUGGGGCAGCCUCUCAACAUUUUCUGCCUAACUGAUAUGCAGCUGAUUUGUGGAAUCUGUGCUACCCGUGGUGACCACACCAAGCACGUCUUCUGUUCUAUCGAAGAUGCCUAUGUUCAGGAAAGGGAUGCCUUUGAGUCCCUCUUCCAGAGUUUCGAGACCUGGCGUCGGGGAGAUGCUCUUUCUCGCUUGGAUACCUUGGAAACUAGCAAGAGGAAAUCCCUACAGCUACUGACUAAAGAUUCUGAUAAAGUGAAGGAGUUUUUUGAGAAAUUACAGCACACAUUAGAUCAAAAGAAAAAUGAAAUUCUGUCUGACUUUGAGACCAUGAAACUUGCAGUUAUGCAAGCCUAUGACCCAGAGAUCAAUAAACUCAACACCAUCUUGCAAGAGCAACGAAUGGCCUUUAACAUCGCUGAGGCUUUCAAAGAUGUGUCAGAACCCAUCAUAUUUCUACAGCAGAUGCAGGAGUUCAGGGAGAAAAUCAAAGUAAUCAAGGAAACUCCAUUACCUCCCUCUAAUUUGCCCACAAGCCCUUUUAUGAAGAACUUCGAUACCAGUCAGUGGGAGGAUAUAAAACUAGUAGAUGUUGACAAACUUUCUUUGCCUCAGGACACUGGCACACUGAUUAGCAAGAUUCCCCAGAGCUUCUAUCUGUUACUUGUGAUAGUCCUUCUGCUUGGCCUCCUCAUUUUCUUUGGCCCUGCCAUAUUCCUAGAAUGGUCUCUAUUUGAUGAAUUGGCAACUUGGAAAGAUCAUCUUUCAAACUUCAGUUCUUAUCUGACUAAAGCAGCUGAUUUUGUAGAACAGUCAGUUUUUUACUGGGAACAAAUGAUAGAUGGGUUUUUCAUCUUCAGUGAAAGAGUCAAGAAUUUCACUUUGGUGGUGCUGAACAAUGUGGCAGAAUUUGUGUGCAAAUAUAAACUAUUAUAAAAUCUCAACCAUGUACUUCUCUGCUUUUUGAUAGAAACUGUUAGUGAACAGAGUAGUGAUUCAGAAUUUGGACAAGAGACCAGACAGGUAUUUUUCUCUAAAAGUACUCCCUUCAAAAAUAAUGUUCUAUACACACUGUUCAAAUUAGGUAGCAUAAAAGUACAGUAUUAAAAUAAAUACCCCCUA